CAAGACUGAGAAGCUGCACGUAGAAGCGCGAGCACGCGGCGCGGGACGGCACGAGAGUGCGCGAGAUAGAGCGACGCGAGCGGGCGUUGGAGGACUGCUGCGCUAAAACUGCCCAGAAAGAGCGAUAAAACUGCGAAUCCCCGCGCUGAAGGUACCGUGUCACCCCGAUAACCAGCUGAAGUUAAGGCACCAGCCAAGAUGAACGUCUUCGACCGGAGCAUCAAUUUCGACUCCCUGUUUAAGUUCUCCCAGAUUUCCCACUCCACCCAGCAACACCUGAAGAAUGUGUACUCCUCCCUCUCCAUGUGCAUGUUUGUGGCUGCGGCCGGCGCCUACGUCCACGUCGUUACCCGGCUCCUGCAGGGAGGGUUUCUGUCCCUGCUGGGCUCCUUGGGCAUGAUGGCCUGCCUGGCGCUGACGCCGCACAGCCCUGAGUCUGAGAAGAAGAGGCUCGCCAUGCUCGCGGGCUUUGCCUUCUUUACCGGUGUCGGUCUUGGGCCUCUUAUUGACUUUGCCAUUGUCGUUAAUCCUAGCAUCAUUGUGACUGCCUUCCUUGGAACAUCUGUCAUCUUCCUGUGCUUCACCUUGAGUGCCCUCUAUGCCAAGCGCCGGAGCUAUCUGUUCCUGGGAGGAAUUUUAACAUCUGCCCUGUCUGUUCUGCUCCUGGUGUCCGUGUUCAACCUCUUCUUCGGAUCGCUGGUGCUUUUUAAGGCUCACGUGUACCUUGGCCUGGCCGUCAUGUGUGGCUUUGUGCUGUUUGACACUCAGCUCAUCAUUGAGAAGGCUGAGAAUAAUGACAAGGACUAUAUCUGGCACUGUGUAGAGCUCUUUCUUGACUUUGUGACGAUCUUCAAGAAACUCAUGAUAAUCCUGUCCAUGAAUGAAAAGGAUAAGAAGAAGGAGAAGAAGUAGACAGAUGAAUCUCUAAAUUAAAAGGUUAAUGGCCAAGAAUAGUGCGUGAAAGGCUUCUGGUGCAUAUACCCCCACUACUGGAUUAUAAUUUGGAUUUGUUUUCCUUAUUUAGUGUCUUAAUUUUCGGAUGUGUAGGACUUUGGCUUUACAGAAAGUCUGAUGUGUUCAUGUUGUAAUACCGGUAUUGUCCAGCUGAUGGAGUCGCUGUUUUGGAAUGGGCAUGUCUGUAGCUGGCAGUAUCUGGUGUCUGGGCACCUCAGCUUCCUCCUUUACACUUAGGCUGGUUAAUUUUGUGCUUCUGCUGUUUUCCAGGCAAUUUGUUUAAAUCCUUUGAACGUGAGUGGAAAAUGCUUCACUUGACGAUAAGACGAUGUUAGCUGUGCCUUUUAAUUUGGGAAAAUUGGCAGAAAUUUGCAAGCGUUCUCACCUCCGUUGUAGAAGUGUAUAUAUUGCCAUAUGGAAGGGGGGCUUGGGGCAGGUAAGCUACUGGGAGAACAGGGUCUAGAGAGCUGUGGGGGGGGGGAGUGCAGAGCCCGUUGCCCGGCAGUACUGUGCCAUCGGCUGUUUCCUGUUGAUACUGUGAUGUGCAUUUGUAGAUGUCCUGUGCAUAAGCUGUAGUCUUUUCACCCCUUAUUCCUUAGCAGUACAUUGGCAAGGUACAUUUAGUGUGGUUCAACUGAGCACAUAAUGAAAACGCUUUAUGCUCGGAUUUCACUCUUGAACGCUGCUUAUUUCGUAGGGGCACAAGGCUGUGGAGGAAUGAGGGUCACUCUCCUGGCCACAGGGUCGUGUAUCUGUCCCCCCCCCACCCACCCCCGCUCUGUGUGUGCCAUUCUGGCUGAGCCCUUCAUUGUCCCUGAUUGAGAUGCUGCUCACUUAAUAGCCAGCACUGUUAAAAUGUAACAUUUUUCCAUAACAUGAAGUGGUGAUUCUUUCUGUUAAUCAAUGGAUAAAGGUAUAUCUGGGUACUCAAAUUUCUUUUCCCUCCCAUUUGAUGAGUUUAAAAUUCAAUACCAGUUUAUAGUUUAAAGAACUUAAAAGAAACUGAAGCAAAGCCAGCAAAUACAGUUCUGAAAGCAUGGUCCCAGAGACCUUGCCCCAGGGAGCUAGAGGCUGAUCACAUACCAUUAAUAUGCUGGCUUUUCUUACGUUUCUGUGUGCUGUCUUCAGAGGAAUGCGGGCCUGUGGUUAUGCUGAGCUUUUUUUUUUUCUGUGUGCAAGAUGUUGAAACUUGAGUUUGACCUCCUCCUCUCGGGCACAUUGACCCUGAGGUCUAGCCUACUGUCCCCAUACGUGCCAUAAGUAUCUCUGUUUUCGGCGCUAGAGAGCUAAAUGUGGCCAGCACGGCACAGACCUGUCCAUGAGCUGCAAACACGCAGCGGUCACCCAGCUGAUGGUAGAGCACAGCUCAGCCAGCUGCUUGCUGCACUGGGUUUUUAGCCCGCAUGGGCGCUCUGCUGAUGCGGAGUGCAGCUGAGCCGCUGCCUGACAGGUUGCUCCCUUUUCUUUCUGCCAAGGAUUGUUGUACUUUUGCAGACUGUAAUGGAAAAUUGUUUAAAUAAACUCAGAAAUUAUGCA